ACUCGGGAGAGAACAAACACUCCCCGCUUCGAGCCGCGAGGGAGCAGAGCUAACUGAGCAGAGCGCCCGCCAGCGCCGCUGCCGCCCCGUGCGCCCGGCUCUCUCCGCACCCCGCGCGGCGCUCCAGCCAGGCGCCUGUGCGACUCCUGGCCGCCCGCGAAGCCAGCGCCAGCCGCGCUGGUAGCUGCGGCAUCCACCAGCCGCCCGGCCCCCGCACGCUCCCCGCCGUUUAAAAGGACCUCCCGCCGCUUCCCGGCUCUGCCCCGGGAUUCCCCAGCCGCGCGCCGCUGCCCGCUCCACUUCGCAGCAACUUCGGCGGCCGCGCGCAGCCCGCCCUCGCCCGCCUUUAAAGUUUGCUGUGCCGACCGCAAAGUUGGGACACUUCAUCGGAUUGAAUUUUUCUCUUUUAUCUGCCUCCGUCCCCGCCCUCCAGGCUCCUUGUUCCUGAAUACUGGUGCUAAGCAUCUUGGCACGGUCUGGGGACGUGGACUAUUUCGCACACCACACCUCUGGGAGGGAUUUUUCCUCUUUUCCCUACGAAAAACAAACAGAUCUUUUUAAGGAUGGUGCUGCUCCACUGGUGUCUGCUGUGGCUCCUGUUUCCACUCAGCUCAAGGACCCAGAAGUUACCCACCCGGGAUGAGGAACUAUUUCAGAUGCAGAUCCGGGACAAGGCAUUUUUUCAUGAUUCAUCAGUAAUUCCAGAUGGAGCUGAAAUCAGCAGUUAUCUCUUUAGAGAUACACCUAAAAGGUAUUUCUUUGUGGUUGAAGAAGACAAUACUCCAUUAUCAGUCACAGUGACACCCUGUGAUGCACCUCUGGAGUGGAAGCUGAGCCUCCAGGAGCUGCCAGAGGACACGAGUGGGGAAGGGUCAGGUGAUCUGGAACCUCUUGAGCAGCAGAAGCAGCAGAUCAUUAAUGAGGAAGGCACUGAGUUAUUCUCCUACAAAGGCAAUGAUGUUGAGUAUUUUAUAUCUUCUAGUUCCCCAUCUGGUUUAUAUCAGUUGGAUCUUCUUUCAACAGAGAAAGACACACAUUUCAAAAUAUAUGCCACAACAACUCCAGAAUCUGAUCAGCCAUACCCUGAGUUAUCCUAUGACCCAAGAGUAGAUGUGACCUCCCUGGGGCGCACCACAGUCACUUUGGCCUGGAAACCGAGCCCCACUGCCUCUUUGCUGAAACAACCCAUUCAGUACUGUGUGGUCAUCAACAAAGAGCACAAUUUCAAAAGUCUCUGUGCAGUGGAAGCAAAACUGAGUGCAGAUGAUGCUUUUAUGAUGGCACCGAAACCUGGUCUAGACUUCAGUCCCUUUGACUUUGCCCAUUUUGGAUUUCCUUCAGAUAAUUCAGGUAAAGAACGCGGCUUCCAAGCAAAGCCUUCUCCAAAACUGGGGCGUCAUGUCUACUCCAGGCCCAAGGUUGACAUUCAAAAAAUCUGCAUAGGAAACAAGAACAUCUUUACUGUCUCUGAUCUGAAACCUGACACGCAGUACUACUUUGAUGUAUUUGUAGUCAACAUCAACAGCAACAUGAGCACCGCUUAUGUAGGCACCUUUGCCAGGACCAAGGAAGAAGCCAAACAGAAGACAGUCGAGCUAAAAGACGGGAAGGUUACAGAUGUAUUUGUUAAAAGGAAGGGAGCAAAGAUUCUACGGUUUGCUCCAGUCUCUUCUCACCAGAAAGUCACCUUCUUUAUUCACUCUUGUCUGGAUGCUGUCCAAAUCCAAGUGAGAAGAGAUGGGAAACUUCUUCUGUCUCAGAAUGUGGAAGGCAUUCGGCAGUUUCAGCUUAGAGGAAAACCUAAAGCGAAAUACCUCAUUCGGCUGAAAGGAAACAAGAAGGGAGCAUCUAUGUUGAAAAUACUAGCUACCACAAGGCCUACUAAGCAGUCAUUUCCCUCUCUUCCUGAAGACACAAGAAUCAAAGCUUUUGACAAGCUCCGUACCUGUUCCUCGGCCACCGUGGCUUGGCUAGGCACUCAGGAAAGGAACAAGUUUUGCAUCUACAAAAAAGAAGUGGAUGAUAACUACAAUGAAGACCAGAAGAAAAGAGAGCAAAACCAAUGCCUAGGACCAGAUAUAAGGAAGAAGUCAGAAAAGGUCCUCUGUAAAUAUUUCCACAGUCAAAACCUGCAGAAAGCAGUGACCACAGAAACAAUUAAAGGUCUUCAGCCUGGCAAAUCUUACCUGCUGGAUGUUUAUGUCAUAGGACAUGGGGGGCACUCUGUAAAGUAUCAGAGUAAGGUUGUGAAAACUAGGAAGUUCUGUUAGUUACCUUAUGAUAGAGAUAUAUUACGUAGAACUUCAGGAGGGACAUUAAAUCACUUUAAGUAUAAACUGACUACUCCCACAGCUGAGAGAAGUUGUGACCUGUACUUGUACUAUGGAAGGAAGGAUAUCAACAUGUGUUUAUUGAUGUUUAAUAAGUAACUCUUGAAGGAGACUUGUUCUAGAGUGCCCCGUGGUACCUAGUGUGUGUCUGAUGCCGGUUGGUGUCAAAGAUAGAGGACUUCUUGAAGGAACUUGCUAUUCCUUGCUUUGACCCCUGCAUGAACUGCUUCUAAAUUAUUUUAUUACCUAAAAAUUUAAAAUAUACCAUUCAUUGCACACACCCACAAAUGCAAAUCAUUCCUCUCUAUAGAUGCUAGGAUAUAUAUAUAUAUAUAAAUUAUUUUAUAAAUUCUUGUUUUAAAUGUCAGUGUUUCUAUGAUUGUAAACUAUUAAGUUCUUUUCCUGUUAAAGUACAGAUCUAAUCUAAGUAUUAUUAAGUGGACAGCCCUCUAGUCAGUUAUAUUGCUAUUGUAAAUUCUUAUUUGUUGAGUAAAAUGUUUAAAUACUGUAUGUAUCUCAUGUACAAAGUUGACAUACAUUAUAUUCAUGUACAUAAAAUUAAAGAUACUAGAUUAUAUGCUGUUCUUUUUCCCAAGCAGCUACUUUGGUGUAUUCAAUUUAAUCUGUCCUCAAAACUGCAUCUUCUGUAGUUUGGCACCAAAAUAAGCCCUUUUUUAGUAGUUAAAAAGGGAUGCCUCCGCUCUCUAAAGUUACUAUGGCAUUAGAAAUAGUUAUUAAAAUUUGUAUUUUUGACAUUGAAUAGGAGCCAGCUGUUAUGAGAUUUGAGAGAGCUACAAUAGACUUGUUUUAAAAGAAUAGGAGAAGCCAAACACUAACUUGAUAACUAUUCAACAAAUUGUCGUUAAUAACAUAAAAUACAUCACAUUAUAAGCAUUGAUUUUAAGUACAAAAUUGGGAUAUUUCAAGUAAGUUUCAAUAUUACCAAAAUAGUUAAAUAAUUAUUUUAAUCUCUAGCUGACACAACAAACACCAAUCAGGACUUUGAUUAGUAAGAAGAAAACUAGGAAAGUUGCUGUUUCAUAGCAUUAAUGGUCUACUACUUUUAACUUUGAUUUUUCAUGGGUUUUUUGAAAGUAAUUUCGGGUGUUAGAAGCAGUUUAGGCAAAUAAUAACAGAAAUCUUUUAUAAGAGACCGUGAACAAAGGGCACUUUUAGGUAGCUUCAUUCUCCAUAGGUUCUAUACAUAAAUCAUGAGGUAUUAUGAGAACAUUGGUCCAGGAGUCAGAAAAGUCUGGAAUUUACAAUCACCUAAAGCAUAUGACGUUAAGAAAUCUUACCUCCCAUCAUCUCUCUUUCCUAUCUGUAACAUUACAUGAUAGAUUUAGAUGAGAUGACAUUGUCAGAUACCUUCUAUCAUAAGAGGUUGUUUUUGGUAGAAUUCUAUGAUUCCAAAGUGCUGUUACUCUAAGUGUGGAUGGGUGUAAUCUCUUUACCCCUACACUGCCCCUGCAUGCUGACACUGCCUCCAUAUGGUAGGCAUUCAACAGCAACAUUGCUCUGGAGUAUAGAUGGCUAUGGUUAAGGUAGUGUGAGUGGUGGUCCUUAUAAAAUAUUCUCUGCUUACCUUAGGAGAAAAUAGUUCCUUAAAAAUGUUAUCAUCCAAUCCUCAGUGUUAAGGUAUCUAAACAAGUGACCAUAUCUGUACACAACAGUAAUGACACCUGAAAGAAUUUUUUAAAUGAUAAAGAGGAGUACCCCAUGGUUAUAUAACCAACCAACUUGGAAGGGGAGACUUUAAAAUUGACAACAUCCCAGAGAUGUCGUAUCCUAAGUUAUGAAUGUGCUGCCUUUGAAUAAAUAUCAACUUUCUCAUAGUAGGCACAUAUAUAUUAUUACAGAACAAUGUGCUAAGUGGGACUAUAGUGAAUGAAAGAGUUAUUGCAGCUUCUGAAGGUGACAGACUUAACUUUCAGAUAUUGCUUAAUGCCUGGGAAACCUGGGAACCAGGCCAAGUCAAUUUAACCAAGGUUUUGCUUUUUAGUCAGAUGUGAUGGUGGUUUCUACAUAGUCUGGAUAAAUCCAAAAUUAUUUCAUGGUCCCAGCAAAAUUUGCCUUUUUGAAAUUAUUAGAAAAAUGAAAUACACAUGGUGAAAUUUCUACCAUUUUCCUAAAGAAAGGGGAACCUAUUAAAAAUGAAGCUCUCUUAUUUACUACUGCAUUUCUAUUUUAGGAGCAUUUGGCUAAACUGGGGACAAAAACAAAAACUUGUUCUUAAUUAACAAAAGAACUAGAAAGUAGCUAAUAUGAAAGCACCACCUUGUGUUCAUUCAGCUCCACGAUAGCUCUACAGACAGCAGGGCAUUUAGAGUCCCAAGUAUUGUCAUACAUCACUGGGGAGGGGAGAAUCUUUAAGGACAUUUAGUUUACAAUCUUUAUUAUUUUUCAGGUGUUGAAAAGAGAUUAAAGAUCAUAGAAGUCAGAAUAAAUUUGCAAAAGUUCUCAUAGUCAAAACAGCUAAGUAAUGGCAUUGCCCAGACUCCAAAAUCCUGACCAGAAUAUAAAUCACCAAUUCUUGGUUUAAAGGGUUUUUUUGUGAAUCAUUUUCCAAAAAAAGUAGUACACUUUUUGUGUUACUUACUAUUUCAAAGAAACUUAUUCUUCAAGACCAUUUCAGAUUUCCUUAGGAAUGUAUGUGUUACCCAUAAUUGACCACUUCAAACUUGUAAGAAAAAAAAUUUUGUGGACAUUUUGUUAUUUUUAGAGACACAAGUAUUUCUAAUCUAGGUUUGCAUUGCACAUAUAAACUUGAGGCUGUGAGAUCAUUAGUCAGUUGCUUUAAUUAUAAGCCCUGUUUUUUUAAAAUCUAAAACUAACCAGAAUCUAUAAGAAUUAUGACAGAUUAUUUUCUUCAUUCAAUUACCUUAUAAUCAAUUUCUAGAUUAAAUGUUUAAACAUGCAUUAAAGGGUUAGUGCUGAAAAGCACUUAUUUUCAUUACUCAGAACACAUUUGAAAAAAUUACAAUUUGUGUAAGAUGAAGAGACUUAAAAGAUGACAAAGAUGAACUUUAGAGUUUGAAAAAGGCUUAAUGAUUCUUAAUGGUUUGACUCAAUAAAACCACACACACACACACACACACACACACACACACACACUUUUGUAUAUAAUUCAAGGGAUUCAUUGUUGCUGAAACCAGUCCAGUAUUCCUUCCAAUAUUUCACCAAUCGCUUCUAGAGAUUAUCAGUUCUACCAUCUCAUUUUACAGAUGAGGAAAUUGAGGCCCAAUUAAGACUAGAAUCCAGAUUCCUUUACUCCCACUUUAAUGUCCACUCAGGACUUCAUCUUAAACACUUCUUCACUGUAGAAAGCAUGGGACAACUCACCCAGAGUGUACUUCUUUUGUCUUUAUUCACUGGCUCACUUCAAAACAAAAGAAAAACAAGUGUCUAAUUUGGAGGACAAGGUCAUCUGGAGCAUCUCCAGCCACUUCCUCCCCCAACUCUGAUAUGGUGUGACAGAGAUUCAUUCGAUUGGGAACCUGCCUUCUGGCCCUCUCCCUAUGACCAAGUAGAGUGACCACUGCCAGACUUUAACUGGCCUUUAUAUGUAGUCAUCUAAAUGACCUGGAAAGCAUCAGGACACACUCACCAUUGUUUCCCCGGAGAGUUUUAGCCUGAAAAAUACAGGGUCUUUGGGGAUUUGGGCCUUUGUUGUUUUGAAAGUGGGAAGUAGGAGAAAGGAAAACGGAGAGAAGUGGGGUGUGGAGAGAAGUUCAGUUUUAUCUCACUUCUUUCUCUGAGAUGUCUAAGAAGUCAAGAUAAGAGAUUCAGUGUAACUUGAUUUUAUUAAUGUUUGCAUUCUGCCUUUCAUGCAACCUUACACUGGAGCACUGGACCUGGAUCACCAUCCUCUCUGCCAGAAUUGCAUCUCUGCAAUUCUGGACAUUUUGUGGACAUUUUCAUUUCCCAGGAGUGGUUGAUCAUGCAUCUGGGCAAGAUUUCCUUCAUUUUUCUUUACAUUCCCCAUUCCUGACCGUUGAGAAAUAGUCAUCAAAGUUCAGAAAUAAAGUCUUUUAGAAUGCCUUUCCAGAUUGACUCUUAGAACUCUUUCAAAGAUAUUUGUAAAUAUUCACUCUAAGUGUAAAAGAAAUAAAAGGCUGUAGAUCUUUGUUAUGGAAAAACCAUUAGCUCAAGAUUGAAUAGUUCAAGGUCUUAGGCACGGUUACAUCUUACACUGUCAUUAUUAAAUCCCAACAAAGAGAGGGUGGGAUUGAUUAUCCCACAGUAUUGUGGGGAGGAAGACAGUGCAGGGAAAGCCAUUGAUUCCUAGUAAAAGAUCCAUUAAAAAACUGAGCUAAGGAUGACGUGCCAGAAUGUAAUUCAUCAUCCCUUUAUGCUACAGAGGAGAGCUUGCAAGACAGUGUAAGAUUUCCCUGAAAUUUGUUAGAAAUGUCGUCUAGACAUUGAGCCAGGAACACAAUCAAGUAACCUCCCGGGAUAUAGCCAGGCCCCAAGCCUCUUCAGAAUUGGGAAUAAUGUUUUGAAUUGAAACAGAGGUGUAAAACAGAGAGGUCAGAGCAGAUCAGUACUGGUUAUGGGUGAUGAGAUCCAGACAAAAUAGUCUUGAAAAAAAUAACUGUCUUACAAUGAGGGGGUGUGAUGGAUGUGUUACUUUGUUUUUGAGUCUAGUAGUAUUAAUGUCUGAAACUGGUCAGUUUUUAGGGGCAACUUCAAAAUGUAGUUUGUCUUUCUCUUUUCUUAUAAAUAUCUGCCAAGACUAAUACCCAAUCAAAUGCCUUGACUUGGAAAUAAACAAAUAUCCGUUUCUUCUCUA